GCCGUGGCGGUGGCAGAGAUCGGGGUAGAGGUGGCGGGGGUAGAGAGCGAGACAGAGAUAGGAGGGAUGGAAAAAUCUUUAGUAAAGCUCUUCCGAGGUCCCUGGCGAGUUCCAGGACGUACUCAAAGCCAGGUGAGGGCAUCAGAACGGAGGUGAGCGAUAUGCCCUUGCAGAGGAUCUUCAUGACUACUGACAACCAAGAGCAGCUCAAGGAGUUGCUGCGUGAAUUACAGACCCUGGACUUUGACGAGCCGUAUGACCGAUCUGAUACAGAAAAUGCGUUGGAAGAUGAUGACGAAGAGGAGGAGGAAUUUGAUGAGCUGGAUCACCGUGAUGAAGGGCAGUUUUGGGCUACUAAUGAUGAACCUGUGGAGAGAGCAGAGAGCCCAGGGUUUGACCCAGAGUCCGACGAGGAGCGGCCCACCCCGGAACCUGUUAUCUCCCUGUUUGCUGUAGGAAAACUAAGCAGGUAUGGGUUUGACAGGGAGCGCAGCAGACGGGCGCUGGAAGCUUGUGGAGGGGAGUUUGGAGCCACCCUAGAAAACCUCCUCCAGCAGGUUUUUAGUGAACGUUACGGCCAGGAAGCAGUUUCCACCGAUGGCCUCCAGAGCCUUCCUAUGGACGAGUGCUUGAGUCAGAGGCAGGAGGAAGCUCUGGCGCUAGCUGCUAUUUACGGCGAGCGCUUCAGCGAGCGCAUAGCCAACGCGGUCUGGACAGUGACCCUGGACUUCUCGCUUUUCUCAGCCGGUGCUGCUGCUGUUACGACAGAAAAGGAUAAAAGCCGGAACGGCGGACGAGGCGGUAGCAACCGUAACAUUUGCAAGUUUUACCUGAAAGGUCAAGGCUGCCGCUUUGGAGAGAAAUGCAAGUUUAAACACGAACUCCCAAAAUCUGAAGCUGCUUCCGUGGACCUGACCGGCCCGAGCCAGCCCGGCUUCAGCAGCUACUCACCUCCCGAGUACGAACUGGAGAUUCGAUUCCCCAAAGGGAACCGCUAUCCUUUUCAGCCGAUCGUUGCCUUCAGCACCAACGACGAGUCUCUGGGAGCCGCCGGGCGGCUCAGAGUGACCGAGAGGUUAUUCGGCGAGCUGGCUGCGGCGAAGAGCAGCGAGCCAGUUGUUUACACUAUUUCGUUGUGCGAGGAUGAAGCCACCAUGAAGGAGCUGCUGGCCGUCAGUCACCAUAAAUACAGCACGCCGCCGCCGUCUGACGCCUCCCACACCUUCCCUGGCAUUGUGAAGAGUAAGAGUGUGAGAAGCAGCGCUCCCGAGGAGAGCCGGAGCAGCAGCACCAGCAGUAGUAAUUAUACAAACAGCAGGAGGGCUGCUCCAGUUUACAACCACAGAGCCGUAGAUUUGAAAGAGACGGCAGGAGAAGCAGAGGAACUGGCGGAGAAGGACGAAGAUGAAGAGGAAACGGCCGUUCCGGUUGAGAACGAGAGCUACGUCAAUCUGAGGAAGAAUAUGGUGAAUAAGCACAAUCAGAACAUGGGCAACCUGCUGCAAGAAAAUGGCAAGCUGUGUCGGGAAUUCCAGAAGAAACAGUCAUCCCGGCGCUUCAGGUCCAUGCUGGAGCAGAGGAGGAGCCUCCCCGCCUGGCAAGAAAAGGAGAACAUCCUGGAUGUGCUGGACCGCUGUCAGGUGCUGGUGGUCAGCGGGAUGACUGGGUGUGGAAAGACGACGCAGAUCCCUCAGUUCAUCCUGGAUGCCUCUUUGUCCGGCCCCGCCGAGCAAGUGGCCAACAUCAUCUGCACUCAGCCGCGGCGCAUCUCUGCCAUCUCCGUGGCUCAGAGGGUGGCGCAGGAGCGCGCCGAGUGUCUCGGCAACUCCGUGGGCUACCAGAUCCGCCUGGAGAGCGUCAGGACGUCGGCCACCAGGCUGCUGUACUGCACCGCAGGCGUGUUGCUGAGGAGGCUGGAGGGCGAGGCCGACCUCAGAGAGGUCACGCACGUUAUUGUGGAUGAAGUCCAUGAGCGAACGGAGGAGAGUGACUUCUUACUCCUGGUGCUGAAAGACUUGAUCGUGCAGAGACCAGACUUGAAGAUUAUUCUCAUGAGCGCCACUCUUAAUGCCAACCUCUUCUCUGAGUACUUCUACAACUCGACUGUCCACAUACCAGGGCGAACGUUCCCCGUCGACCAGUUCUCUGAGGAUGCUAUAGCAAAAACUCGGUAUGUCAUUGAGGAUGGCAGCCCUUACAUGCGCUCAGGGAAACCCAGCUCAUCUUCCACGAGUGGGCGAGGAGGCGAAGCGAUCCCAGAGAUAGCGGAGGACCUGGAUGACGACGGCUGGAACUUUACGUCCUUCUGUAAGAAGGACUUUGUGAAAGACACGGUCCCAGACCAGCAGCUCAGCCUGCAGGAGCUUUCAGUCAGAUAUAAAGAUACGAAGAAAUCUGUGCUCAAGACCAUGGCUGCAAUGGAUCUGGACAAGAUCAACAUGGACCUGGUGGAAAGCCUGCUGGAGUGGAUCGUUGAUGGGAAGCACAAUUACCCACCAGGUGCAGUCCUGGUUUUCUUGCCCGGCCUCGCUGAGAUCAGGAUGCUCUAUGAGCAGCUCCAGUCCAACAGAAUGUUCAACAACAGGGGCGCAUCAAGGUGUGUGGUGUACCCACUUCACUCCACUUUGUCCAACGAGGAGCAGCAGGCGGUCUUCAGUCGGCCCCCCGACGGCGUCACAAAGAUCAUCAUCUCCACCAACAUCGCCGAGACCUCGGUCACCAUCGACGACGUGGUCUACGUGAUCGAUUCCGGCAAGAUGAAAGAGAAAAGGUAUGAUGCGUCGAAGAGCAUGGAGAGCCUGGAGGACUCCUGGGUCUCUCGCGCCAACGCGCUGCAGAGGAAAGGUCGAGCCGGCCGCGUGGCCUCGGGGGUCUGCUUCCACCUCUUCACCAGCCACUGUUUCCAGCACCAGCUGUCCGAGCAGCAGCUGCCCGAGAUCCAGAGAGUUCCCCUGGAGCAGCUCUGCCUUCGGAUCAAGAUCCUGGACGUGUUCUCCGAGCAGACGCUGGAGUCGGUGUUCUCUCGCCUCAUCGAGCCCCCGGCGAUGGGAAGCCUGGACGCAGCGAGGCACCGCCUCCGGGAUCUGGGCGCUCUGACCGCCGAGGAGAAGCUGACCCCGCUGGGCUACCACCUGGCCUGCCUGCCCGUCGACGUGCGCAUCGGGAAGCUCAUGCUGUUCGGCGCCAUCUUCCGCUGCCUCGACCCGGCGCUCACCAUCGCCGCCAGCCUGGCCUUCAAGUCGCCGUUUGUUUCUCCAUGGAAGCGAGAUGAAGCCAAUGAGAAGAAACUGGCCUUCGCUGUGGCCAACAGUGACCAUCUCGCCCUGUUACAGGCAUACAAGGGAUGGAGCUGUGCCGCAAAAAAUGGCAACCAGGCCGGCUUCGUUUACUGCAGGGAAAACUUUCUGUCAUGGCGCGGUUUACAGGAGAUUGCCAGCCUCAAGAGGCAGUUCGCCGAGCUGCUGUCCGACAUCGCUUCAUCAAAGGAAGGACUGAGGGCUCGGGUGAUCGAGCGCAUGAGCUCAAGAGGCAGUGACGGCGUCCUGGAGGCGACCGGUCCCGAGGCCAACUUGAACUCAGAAAACAUCCGGCUCAUGUCAGCCAUGCUGUGCGCUGCUCUCUACCCCAACGUGGUCCAGGUACGAGCUCCUCAGGGGAAUUACAAGAUGACCAGCAAAGGAGCCAUGAAGAUGCAGCCCAAGGCCAACGAGCUGCGCUUCGUGACCAAGAAUGACGGCUACGUGCACGUGCACCCCUCGUCUGUAAACUACACGGUUCGCCAGUACAAGAGCCCGUACCUGGUGUACCACGAAAAGGUGAAGACGAGCCGCGUCUUCAUCCGGGACUGCAGCAUGGUGUCCGUGUAUCCGCUGGUGCUGUUCGGAGGCGGCCAGGUCAACGUGGAGAUGCACAAGGGCGAGUUCGUCGUCUCGCUGGACGACGGAUGGAUCCGAUUCGCGGCCACCUCACAUCAGGUGGCCGAACUGGUGACGGAGCUGCGCUGGGAGCUGGACCAGCUGCUGGAGGACAAAAUCAGGAGUCCGAGCAUGGACCUGUGCAGCUGCCCACGCGCCCGCAUCAUCCGCAUGAUCGUCCACCUCAUUUCCACUCAGUAG